AUGCCGGAUACUUCAAUACACUUUGUCUUUACAUGCUCUCGACUAGGUCUGGAAACAAGCCCGUGGGAUUUGUCGGCCAACAACGAACUUCAUGUGAUUGGCGAUAUUUCUCUGGCUUGUCAGCAGUGGCUACUAACUUGCCUUCCAGCAGGUGUUACAGCAGCUACAUCGGUGGCCGACCAGGCCGAUUUUGCAAUGGGAGUUGAUGCGUUGACUUGGUAUCGUUGUCGAGGGCGAAAGCUUCUUAGUGAGAUCGCCAGAUUUUGGGCAUCUCGAAUGACCUAUUCUGAAGAUAAAGCUGCCUUCGAAAUCCUCGGUCAGUUGUGCUUGUGA